CUGUUUUGUUUUCAUUGUUCGCUGGGCUGUGUUCGUUGCUACGAUUCUAGAUGUGUUGUGUUGUCCUUAAGAUAACGAUUCCUAUUUCCUAAUUAGAAAUAGAACAAGGUAGUUAUAUGUAAAGUGUGUGUAAGUGCGUGAGUGUGCGUACGCGAUCGCUGCGGGGCCUAGAAAGAACAAAAACUGACCAACAAAACCUUUGUUUUGUGAUUACUGGACGGGAGAGUCAGGAGGGGCGAAAAAGGUGCCGGCGUUUCUGGAGUGUAUUUAUUUUGCUUUGAACUCACGUCAAAUGUCUUCAACCGAAGUCAGGCUGUCUCGUCUGCUGAUCCUGGCGCAAAAGUUUAACAAUUUCUAUUUGACAGGCUUUCACAAGGGCGACAUACGCCCGUUCCUGGUUGAGGGUCAACAAGUUGGUCUCAUCAAAUCGGAUGUGCUGAAGCAGCUCAUUAAGUAUCCUGAAGUGUUCUGCAUACGUGACUGUGAGCAGACGAAACAGGGACUGGUGGAGCUGAACCCGGCAUUCCGUGACUAUAAUGAGCGCACAGAGCAGGUGGAGAAAGUAUUGCGUAAUUUGCGCAGCGAGGGAUUGUUCCCGGCUCUGCAGGGAUGGCGGGAUGAGUACUUUGAGGUGAAGUCCGAGCACAGGCCUUUGCUGAAAAUGGAACGGGCUGCAACGCCCCUAUUCGGAGUGCGCAAAUAUGGCGUCGAUAUCAACGGCUAUGUGAGGCAUCCGACGCUAGGCUUGUGCAUUUGGCUGCAGCAGCGUUCCAAUACCAAAGAAACUUGGCCAGGCAAGUGGGAUAAUAUGGUGGGAGGCGGCCUGUCUGUGGGCUUCGGUAUUAAGGAGACGGCUAUUAAGGAAGCAGCUGAGGAGGCAUCCAUUCCAAGUGAUCUUGUCAAGAACCUAGUGUCAGCCGGAUGUGUCUCUUUCUUCUUUGAAAGCCGACAAGGGCUAUUCCCCAACACCGAGUACGUUUUCGACUUGGAGCUGCCUCUUGACUUUGUUCCCCACAACGCUGAUGGAGAGGUGCAGGCCUUUGAGCUGCUGCCAGCCAAGGAGUGUGUGGAGCGAGUGUUUACGCCGGACUUUAAGACCACCUCUGCGCCGGUGGUGAUCGACUUCUUAAUACGGCACGGACACAUUACAGCUGAUGACGUGGUAGACUUUACGCAAAUUGUGGAGCUCUUGCAUGUGCCCUUACAGUCCCUUUACAUAUAUAAGACGCGCCUCGAGCAGCUACAGAAGCAGCAUCAGCAGCUGCCCAACGAUGACGGGAACUGCAAUUCUGGCAGUUCGACGAUUAAGCCCCUGGAGAAUGGACACAAGAAGGCAGCCUAAUCUUCAUGGGCCUAAGUGGUGCAUUCUGCUAUACAAGUACAUACAUAUAUAUGAACGAAUGUAUGAGAGAGACUGCUUACAUAAGCACUACCAUAGUGGGAUUUUUAAAGUCCCAACAGCCAACAGUCAAACGUAAUGUAUGCAUGUAUUACCCAAACCAAAAUAACUAAACUAAUCGACACAUGUAUAAACUACUAAUCUAAAUUUAAUAGAAUUACUACUGUAAUGGCAAGAGCACUUAAAGUUAAAACCUAUUUUUUAUGUUAAACGUCAAAGUAAGUGCUGUUUCUAUUGGUAAACGCAAGCAUAUACACAUAUUAUUUACAAUAUUUAUUAUAUAUACAUAUAUAUAACCUAAUCUCCCAUGUAUUUGACUAACGACAAUGACAUGACAUCUAUUAAGUAAUAGUUUUUGUGCUCUGAUAUUCCAUUUACCCAUGUGACGACACAUUCUUAAAGUUUUUGUGAACAAUACGGACAAGUUAAUACAUAGGAAUAUGCCUAAAUAACAUUUAUGUAUAUGCGAUAGUUAAAAUAUAAAAAUUGUAUAACGAUAUUAAAUGACAUUUACUAUUAUAUGUGUGUACCAAAGUGCUCAAACGUAAAAA